GCGCGUCAGUGUAUGUGCAUACACCGUGGCGGUGACACCUUCCCUGUCGCUAGCUUAGACCGCCAUUUUCCCUAGAGGGACGCCGAGCGAGCGUGCUCGGAGGGUGAAGCGAUUCGAAAUAGAAGUGUUGUCAACUUAACAUGGUCAAGUUUAGUGAAUAAAAGAUAUGUCAAUUUUCCAAUUUUCUUUCAAAUUAUAAUGGAUUCAAAAUAUUACAUAUUCCUGUUCGCAUCUUCUUUUAGAUAAAGCAAUAAAGAUUUAUCAUUUUCGAUGAAAUAUCUUUCUAAUAGGUGAAGAUUAAUUGGGAUAUGUGUGUAUCAGUAUAUAUAGAAUGAUAUUAUACAGUGCACCACAUUGGCAAAUGACUGAAAUUUUACCAGAAAAUAUUCGGCGGGGUCCAACCAUCUUUCUGAUAAACUGUCACACAAUUAUUAUUCAUUAUUGAGAAAAGAACAAGUUUGAGAAUGCUUAACGGAUAUUUUACAAAUACAUGUCAAGAUCAUUAGUGUGGCAUGGUAUUUUAAAUCUAUGUCAGAGUUGUUUGACCUGCAAUAUCUUCGAAUUCGGAUAUCGUCGAUUCUCAAACCUAUAUCCGAUAUAUAUACACUGAAGUUAAGCAAAAUUUUAUUUGUCAUAGCAAAUCAUAAUUAUUAAUUUCUAUUAACUCAACUAUUUUAAAGAAAGAAUUCCCUGUUAUGGUGGCUGCUCAAUUACUUAUUCACUGGAACUUAUUUAAUAUUAAAACAAGUGCCUUUUGUUCAUGAAAGUAUCAAUGUUAAGGUACUUAUAAGAAUACAUACUGAAGGAUGACAGUAACUUAUUUUUAUUCUUGUAUCCUUAUUAUUUGAUGGAUAUAGUAAUGGAUCUAUCAUAAUUCAUCAGGAAUUAAAAUAAUAAAAAUACAUGUUUUGAAAGGAAACAAAUAGAAUAAGAAGAUGGAUAGCUCAGAGUACGAAACUGUUAGAAACAUGACACUAUUAUUUUUUUUUGAACUUCUUGUGGAUAAAGGUGGUCCACGAACAUUGCACGAUUUAAGCUGCCAAUUUGGAGCUAAAGGUUUUACAAAAGAAAUGCGCCAAAUAGCUGGUGGGUCACAAAGUGGCCUUAAAAAAUUUUUAGCCCAAUAUCCAAUGCUUUUCCUGAUUAACGGUGAUUAUGUAUCUGUAAACACUUUUCAACAAGUUGCAGAAGAAGAAAAUGGAUGUAAAUUAAGUGGCAAACGUGAUUAUGCCAGAGAGGCUGUAGAAUACUUUACUAAUAAGUUAUUGCAAUACGGAGUGGGUACAGAGGUUCCGAUAAAAAGCCUUCUGGGACAUAGAUCUCAGGCAUCUCCAGAAGUUAGACAUAUUUCUGGUCAACACUACAAAGAAUUCAGAGAUUUUCUUUUGAAAUAUCCUGAUGCUUUUAUAGUCACUGAAGACAAUGUAUUGUUGAAGCAAUACGAAGGAAUGAAAGCAGAACCUUUUGUAGAAUUAGAACCCGAUAUACCCAUAGAUCCAGAAAUAACUGCAAAAUUGUUAGAUUUUCUUUGCGAAUGUAUCGAGCAAAAAGGUCCGAUUCUAGUAGAUCAAAUGUUCAAUAUAGUUAAUGAUAAAUUUUCUUUUGAAAAUUGGACCUCGAUAUUUAAAACGCCCCAGGAUUUGUGUACAUUUGUAAAAAUGUUUCCGGACGCGUUUCACGUUCAAAGCAAUUUAGUAACGUUAAUUGGAAGACCAAAAUCUUCCGUGAUAGAAGGAAAACCAAAAGCAAAACUUACAAAUUUCACACGAAAUCAAAAUAGCACAGGAAAUCAAGUAAUUCCGAAUCAAGUUGCUCAGUCAAAUAAUACUCAAGCAACUCAGCAAUCUAAUAAUUUAGAAUCUACUGACACUAGUGCUACGAAUCAGAUUAAUUCUGUACAAAAUUCUCAUUCUCAAUUAAUUGAAACUAGUAACAGUUCGCCUCCUAUAAGCUUGCAACAACAAACAUUGAAACAAAGAAUAAAUACGCUUGUAAUGAAGACUUUGGCAGAUAAUACGGAAAAAGAUCGUACUUUACAGACUGCGCAAAUGGGAGACGCAUGGAAAUUAAAAGUAUUACAACAGACGCGAGUAAUAGUAAACCCAAGGGAAAGUCUUCAAAUUAUCGAAGAUAUAAUAAAUCCUCGUAAACCACCUGCUGAUGGUAAAAUUGUUAUUGCAUUUGAUUGCGAAGGUAUAAAUUUAGGUGUUAAAGGACAAUUGACUCUUGUACAAAUUGGUAUCAUGUCAGGACAAGCAUAUGUGUUUGAUUUGUUUACAUGUCCUAAUCUUGUACAAGCUGGAGGCCUUCAGAAACUAUUAGAACAUAAAGAUGUUAUUAAAGUGAUUCAUGAUUGUAGAAAUGACAGUGUCAAUUUGUACAGACAGUUCAAAAUUAUGUUAAAUAAUGUUUUUGAUACACAGGCAGCUCAUGCCGUGCUUCAGUUUCAAGAAACUGGUAAACCUGUAUAUAAAGUUAAGAAUGUUAAUUUGAAUACGUUAUGUGAUCAUUAUGGUGCUCCGUACAAUCCAUUAAAAGAACAAUUGAAAAAUAUUUAUCGUAAUAAUCAGAGAUACUGGUGUAGACGUCCGCUAACACGGGAUAUGCUCAUUUACGCUAGUAGCGAUGUCCUAAGUCUGGUUCCACAAAUAUAUGUCUCCAUGUCCAAACUUAUAAAACCAGAAGUACAGGCUCUUUUUAAUGAGCUCUGUGAGGAGCAAAUUCAAUUGCACAUUAAACCUACAGAAGUAAGAGCGCGUAAGAAGCAACGAAAAGUGGAAACGGAGGUUGCAGAUUUAAAAAAGAGAAUGGAAGAAGCGACUACCAAAAAUAUUGUAUUAAGUAAUCGUGAAAUACGUCUUCUGCGUUACUUAGAACUAACCGAGGAUGAGAAGGAAAAGUUAAAAGGCAGCUACAAAGUUGCAAGAAAAUUGGAAAAACUUGAGAAUAUGGGUCAAGAUAAAGGUGAUAGUAGCGAUGAUGAUGAUGAAGAUAAAGUUGAAGAUUCAGAAUAUCAUAGUAUGGAAAGUUAUACCUCGGAAAAUUCACAUUCUGGUGGUAUAUUGUCACCAAGAAAUUCUGAAACUCCUAGCCUUACUGAAUCAAUGCAGAUGGUAGAUGAAAUUCUUUCUGAUGGACGAAUGGAUAGAUUUGAAAAAAUUGAAAAAUUGGAAGCUAUCCUUUCGGCUGUUACUGGUUCUACAACUGAUCAAUUGUCUUCAAGUAGUACAGACGCAUCUCCGAUAAAGUGUGUAUGUUCGUGUCAAGACAAAAGUAAGAGUCCACAAACAAAUCGUAAUAGCGUGGCUUGCCAAACAUAUAGUACAGGUGAUAUAGUUAUUACGAAAAUAUUUUUUACGGAGGAAGAGAAAGAACGUAUAGAUUUAUUGAAUUCGCCAAAAAAGUAGACGUUAUAGUUAUUACGAGAGUGGUAGGAACGAUGUUGCCAUUAUUAGACUUUUACAAAAAAGACGAAGUGGGUGACGACAAAUAAAAAAA